GUCGUAUAAAUGGGGGGAGCAGAGUUAUACAAGCUGGAGAUGCUGACAAGAAGUUUAACUUUGAUGCAGUAGCAGAUUGGGGGGGGGUGUCCAGUGAAGGGAUUUUUUUUUGAGAGAUAAAGGAGUUCAGCUGCAUUUUGUAUGAACAGAAGGGGAAGUGCAUGUGUCUGUGUGUCAAAGUAAUAUGGUAGGUGAGACAGAUGCUGAGAAGGAGAAAGCAGCAGGAUUUGGAUCUGGCCAAGAUGUGUAGGGAAAUGGAGGAGGAUCCAGGCCCAGGGAGGAUGGUGGCAGUGAUAUCAGUAACAGAGGAGAGGCUGUGGAGAUGGAUUGAGAGGGAAAAUCAGGAGUUUGGCUUUGGUUGCACUGUUUCCAUCCAGGAGAUGGCUGAGAUGCAGGCUGAGAAGUGAGAGUGGAUGGGAAGAGAAACUGUCCCUGCCCUGAAUGUACAAUUGGAAGCACACUCUCUGAGACAGCUGUGUGCUGCCAUUGUCAUCCUGGGAUUCUGCCAACUGCUCCCAUCCUGCAAAGACUUCACCUGACUUUAUGGCUAAAGGAGAAGGUCUCAGAAUGGGGGACAAGGCCAGGAUGCAGCACGGAGACCCUGAGAGGAGGGAGGAGGAAGAGAGAAGGUGGAACUCCAGGAGUUACAAUGUAGGGGCCAUCUCCAGCUUCCUCUCUACCCUUGUUACCUUCCCCAUCUACAAGACCAUCUUCCGCCAGCAGAUCCAUGCCUUUUCCAUACAGGAGGCCAUACAGCAACUGCGCCAGGAGGGCAUGCGCCGCUUCUACCGGGGCCUCUUCCCACCACUCUUGUCCAAGACGCUCCAGGGAACCCUGUUGUUUGGCACCCAUGACAGCUUGCUGCUUCUCCUCACCAGCAACCCUUCUGAGCCUUGCACGCUGGGGCAGCGGUGGACAGCAGGCUUCCUGUCUGGCUCAGUAGAGGCCUUAGUCCUGAACCCCUUUGAGCGGGUCCAGAAUGUCCUGCAAGAUGGACGGAAAGAUGCCAGGUUCCCAAACACCCGCAGCAUCCUGCAGGAAUUCAACUCAUAUGGUCUGAAGGAAAGGCUGGUUGUAGGCUACUACCGUGGCCUCAGCCCCGUCCUGCUGCGGAACAGCCUGGGCAGUGCACUGUACUUCUCUUUUAAGGAUCCCCUCCGUGAUGACCUGGCCACGAGGGGCUUACCUAGCUGGCUCCCUGCCCUGGUGUCUGGCAGCGUUAAUGGGACAGUGACUUGCCUGGCGCUGUACCCUCUGAGUGUCCUUAUUGCUAACAUGCAGUCUCAGGUUGUGGGGAGGGAUCUCCUCGGCCUCUGGCAGUCUGUGUGGUCUGUCUGGGAGUCACACGGGAGGAAGCUGACCCUUCUCUAUCGGGGCGGCUCCCUCCUUGUCCUCAGGUCCUGCCUGACAUGGGGUCUCACCACUGCCAUCCAUGACUUCCUGAAAGAGAACACAGGACAGAAGUCCCAGGAGGAAUAAGGGGAGAGGCCAGAGAACCAUUGGCCCUGACAUGUCUAGUGUCAUGUCUCAGAGCCCUGAGGACUUUGAAUGGGAUUUUGCUUGUUUACAAAGAGGCCCUGAAGCUCAUAGUCAAUAAAACUUGAACACACAAGCUAAACCUCCAACCUACAGGUCAAAGGUCAUUCUCUGAGGCCAUAGUUUCAAGAUCAAGGAGCAACUUUGAGGAGGUGGGAGGGUCAAGGGGACUUAAUCAAUCAGAAAGUUUCUUGGUGUUUUUUUUUUUUAAACAGCCUUUUAAUAAUCUGGAGUUUUGUGUUCUGUGGCCACCAGGAGUGAGCCAAACCCUGCCUGCAAAAGGCUGAUCUGAUCAUAUGUUUAUGGCAGUGCCCGUGCUCUCCUAGUCUAAACACAUGAUGGAGAGUCAGGUGAGCAGGGUUCUGUUCUGAGCUGUGCCACUGUGAUCUCGUAAAAACAUUUAAUAUCUUGUGCCUCAUCUUUAAAAACAGGGAUCAUAGUAUUUUCCUGUUUAAGUGCUUUGAGCGCAUGGGUAGAAAGUGCUACAGAAUUGCAAUGUGUUCACGUAUUAUUGCAAACCAUAGAUGAAACAUGCACUGUCCCUCCUAUAAGAGAAUUUCCUUCUAUGUUCAUGAUUUCUUGAGCACCCAACUGAGCUAAACCCUAGACACCAAAUUCUGUUCGUGCAUUUGUACUUGUGCCUCUGAUUAGUUCAACGCUGAGGAUACGGAGAACAGUGGAAAGUGGGCUGAUGUGGUGAAGCUAGGCCAUGCAGUUUAGGUUUGGCUAUUCAUAAAAGGAAGAAGUUGGUGGAGCUGCUAGAAGGCAGGCUCCUUCAACUGGAUUGACCCGAAGCACAAAGCAGAAAAUUGGGACUCUCCAGCUAAUCUCUCUGGAAGUGGCAACUUAUAGACUCUUGGGUGAAUUUCUGGCUCCACUGUAGUCAAUGAGAUUAUGAGAAUAUGGGGGGCAGGAUUUCAGGCCAUGUGUGUUUUAAUUGUCAGUUCAUGUAGCUACAGAGAAGGUUGGGGUGAAGGUUAUGGUCACAGCUGAGUUCUGCAAGGUUUCAUGAUCCUCCAAACAUCCUUCCAGAGUUCAAAGCUGGGCUUGGCACAGGACCGUUCCUGCUAUAUGUGAAGGGUGAUCUGCCUCUGCUAACUGCUAAUGUGUGCCCAUGGUGCUGUUAGAUCUGUCACAACCUUUGCUAGUAUUGGUCAGACAACAUUGAUGACUCCCUUGCAGAGUGGGUGAGGUGGGCAUGUAGCAGUUCCACUUCUUCCUCUCUGAGAGAUUCCAGGUGGGUGUCACUGAGUCAUUUCUCUCUCUCAGAGGCUUCUGACAUGCCAGCAUCUAUCCUGACAUCACUCCUGUUCAACUGGCAGGCAUGUUGGCUGGGAGAUAGUAUGAAGCUGUGCUGUGUUGCAGCACUGGAAUGUGGAGAUGACCUUGCAGGGGGGCAGAGCGUGCACUGAAGAUGUGACAGAUGAUGCAUGAGAACUUGUUCUGCUCAGAGAUGAAAUACGUCAAAAAAUUAUUUUUUUUUGUUAGCCUGAUUAAAUCAAAGACCCUUUAGACCAGAUUCAGCUCAGAUGUAAGCAGUUGCAACUCCAGUGAGCUAUCAGUGGCAAAUUUAUCUAAUUGGCCUAUCAUCAUGAUUUUUGUUCUUCCGCAGAAAGCAGUGUGGCCCAGAUCCUCAAAGGUAUUUAAGCACCUAGUUCCCAGUGAGAUAUAGGCACCUACUUACAUCUGCACCAGAGUCUCAGGUGUUGGUGAGCAGGAGCAGCGCCAGGGUUUUU